CUGAUCAGUCUGCUCGCGAUCCUCCCGGCUCACCACUCGCUCCCGCAACUGGUUUCCGUCGAAGCUUUCCGACCGCAAAAGCUCGCUCCGCGCCUUUUCUCGUCGUGAUUCCGUGCGCUAUGGGACUCUCUCAGUGAUUAUUGUGUCAGUGUUGUGCUCGGUGACAGGUCGGAACGCCUUUACGUACCGUUGGUUUGAUUUUUGUCGGAUUGCAGGAUCUUUAUCUGAGGAGUUACUGACAGCACGUGCCCAUGAUAAUGUCAGCCACAACACAGGUCUCGUCCCCAAACGAGACGUCUGUACGAGAUAGGCCUGGCAUACAAGAGUUUUUUAACGGGACAAGUGUUUUUAUCACCGGUGGAACAGGGUUCCUGGGAAGCGUUCUCCUCGAAAAACUAAUCAGAUGUUGCCCCGGAAUAAAAAAAGUGUACCUUCUCGUUCGACCAAAGAAAGGGAAAGAAAUAACAGAGCGUUUCAAUGAAAUCUUCGAUUCACCGAUAUUCGAGCGGAUGAAGAAGGAGGUGCCGGCGUACCUGGAGCGGGUGGCGGCCAUCUCCGGGGACUGCAUGCUGCCGAUGUGCGGGGUCUCGAGCAAGGACCAGGAGCUCAUGAAGCGGGAGAUCAACGUCGUCUUCCACGUGGCCGCCACCGUCCGCUUCGACGCCAAGAUGCGCUUCGCCGUCAACAUCAACAUCCGAGCCACCAGGGACCUCCUCACCCUCUCCAGACAGUUCGAUAAUCUCAAGGCUUUCGUGCACAUCUCAACAGCUUACUCCAACUGUUUGAACAGAGUCAUCCAAGAGUGCUUCUACGAUCCGCCUUUCUCAGGGUCAGCCGCGAUUAGCCUUGCUGAAAAAUUCGACGAUGACAUGUUGGAGAAAAUGACCCCAGCAUUGCUGGGAUCGUGGCCGAACUCAUACGCUCUGACCAAGUGCAUAGCCGAAGAAGUCGUCCGAGAAAUGGGCAAGGGUCUACCAGUCGCCGUCGUCCGUCCAUCUAUAGUUAUCGCAACAGCGAAGGACCCACUGCCCGGAUGGAUCAACAAUUACUACGGACCAACAGGUGUUGUGGCUGGUGCCGGAGUUGGGCUCCUGCGAACACUCCACGCUGACGGAGAUUGUGUUGCUGACAUCGUCCCCGUUGACUACGUCAUCAACGCCAUCAUCGCUGCCGGUUGGGAUAUCGGCCUGUCUUUCAAACCGCGUGAGGACCCCUUAACAAGGAAAUCCUCAGACCUGGAAAAACUGUUGCAAAUACCGGACAUCGCGAAAACGGCCGACGAAACCUCGGAACUGGAAGUGACGGAGCAAACUUUAUUGGAAGACCUCACCCCCGGAAAGAAACAAGAUUCGUCGAUCCCAGUCUACAACUUUGUCUCCUCCAAUCAGAACAAACUCACAUGGAGGAAAUACAUGGACUUGAGUGCAGUUGCAGCCCCUGAGGUUCCUUCAAAAAUGGCGGUUUGGACUUACUCCUUGACUCUCAAUAAAUAUAAAUACAUGGACCUACUCUACGCAUUUUUCCUACAUAUGAUCCCGGCGCUUAUUGUGGAUGGCUGCUCAAUGUUAAUCGGCAAAAAACCUAGGCUACUACAGGCUUACAAGAAAAUCCACAACUUCUCCUCAGUUAUUUCGUAUUUUAGCACGAAAGAAUGGAAAUUCGAGGAUGAUAAUGUGGCGCAGUUAUGGAACAAGUUGAACGAUAAAGACAAAGACGUCUUCUUCUUCAGUUUGAAAAAUUUAGACUGGAAGGAAUACUUCUAUCAUUACAUACGAGGGAUACGAGUCUACCUGAUUCGCGAUCCGCUAGAAUCUAUUCCUGAAGGGCAGAAGAAGAGACUCAAGUUCAUGAUAGCUCAUUAUGCGCUGGUGUCGCUCUUCUAUCUACUCUGCUCUUACGUCUUGUACAUAGCUCUUCAGAGUGCCCAGUCCUCCAUGAUGAGGCACCUAGUUCAAAGUUCCUGAUGACCUGGCAUUAAUAUCUUUAUUUAGACGAUAAUGUGCAAAUGUGAUCACAAUAAAUCGAGUUUGAAUGUCCGAUUGUCUGCUUGACGUACAAAUAUGAGAUCUGGAAACCCAGUUAGCCUUUUAGUGGAUGAGAAUGAUUGAUUAUGUCUGUUGUAUUUAUUUUCAUUUAAUUUUCCGGAAUUUACCUAGUCGAUAAGUUAAUUUAUUUAUUUUGUAAUGAAUUUUGUUAUAAGCUUAGUUAUGAUAAUGUCAUGUCGAUGAGAUUAAAACACUGUGUAAUACAAUAAAAAUUAUUGAUGAUUAA